CCACCCUCUCCCUGCUCCCUGCCUCCCCUCUCCCCUGCUUUGACCCUGCUGGCCGGCUGCCUGGCUUUAUCUGCCCGCCACGCCUUUCCCCGCCGCCGCUCGCCGCUUGGAUUUCCAGGAUCCAGCGACGCCCGUCCCCGCGCCGUUCGCCGGGGCAUUAGGUGAUCCGGCCGUGCCGUGUAGGACUUGCGGAGGAAGAUGACCGUGGAGGGGAGGGUCAGCGGCGGGGGGGACGGCGGCGGCGGCAAGGACAAGUUCCCGGUGGGCAUGCGCGUACUCGCCGUCGACGACGACCCCACCUGCCUCAAGGUCCUCGAGAACCUCCUGCGCCGCUGCGACUACCAUGUUACAACCACUGGGCAGGCAGCCACCGCCCUCAGGAUGCUCAGGGAGAACAAGGACCAGUUUGACCUCGUCAUCAGCGAUGUCCACAUGCCGGACAUGGAUGGUUUCAAGCUCCUCGAGCUUGUCGGUCUGGAGAUGGACCUCCCAGUCAUUAUGUUGUCUGCAAAUGGGGAGACGCAGACAGUCAUGAAGGGCAUAACUCAUGGAGCAUGUGACUACCUGCUAAAGCCGGUGCGUCUUGAGCAGCUGAAGACAAUAUGGCAACAUGUGAUUAGGCGGAAUACCAAGAACCGUGGUAGUGACAAUGAUGAUGCUGGUCAGAAGGGGCCGAAUGCUGAAGGUGAGAAUGGUGGUGCUAACCGCAACAAGAGGCAGUCACGGAGGGAUAGAGAUGACAAUGGAGAUGAUGGUGACGAUUCUGAUGAGAACAGUAAUGACAACGGCGACUCGUCAUCCCAGAAGAAGCCAAGGGUUGUCUGGUCUGUGGAGCUGCACCGGAAGUUUGUUGCUGCUGUCAACCAGCUUGGCAUUGACAAGGCUGUUCCAAAGAAGAUAUUGGACCUCAUGAAUGUAGAGAACAUCACCAGGGAGAAUGUUGCUAGUCAUCUGCAGAAGUACCGGCUGUAUCUGAAAAGGAUGAGUAUGGAUGCAAGUAGGCAGGCCAACCUCGUUGCUGCACUUGGAGGAAGGAACCCUGCUUACAGCAAUAUGAAUUCAAUGGAUGUCUUUAGGCACUACAACAACGCGUACGGUAGAUACCGACCAGUUCCAACCAGCAGCCAUUCCCAGUCAAAUAACCUUGUUGCAAGGAUGAACUCCCCUUCUGCAUACGGAAUGCAUGGGUUGCUGUCUCCACAGUCGCAGCCACUUCACCUUGGCCAUGCCCAGAAUAAUCUGGGCACUUCCCUGAACGAUUUGGGUGUCAAUAAUGGUAACCUUAUCAGGGGUGCACACAUGUCAACCAUGGGUACUGGUACUUCUGGUAACUCUUUUGCAAACAUUUCAAAUGGUGCACCACUGGCUCCUACAAAUAGGGCAGUUCAGUCUCUUGAAUCAAACAACAGGCAACACCUUGGUCGGAUAAAUUCGUCUUCGACAGACUCAUUUAGCUCAUUCGCUAGUGAUUCUCCCCACUUUCCAGAUCUUGGAAGAAGUAGUAACACCUGGCAAACUGCAGUUCCGUCCAACAUUCAGCAACUUGGUCAGAACGGCAGCAUGUCCCAAGCAAGCUUGCAUGGGAAUGGCCUUAGGAUGGAACCUGUCUCUAGCUAUGCACCACCAUCAAAUCAGAUUACAUCUCUGGGAAAUGAUAUGCAGAACCAAGUAGCACCACUAGCUAGCAAUACCCUUCCAAUGGUAUUCAAUCAGGGUGCAGCGCCAUUCACCUUUGGAAACAGCACAAACUCGAGAGAGGCGCUCAAUAGCAACCUUGCGUUCAGCAACUCAGGCAUCAACACUUCAUUGCCAAACCUUCGCAUUGACAAUUCGGUUGUGCCGAGGCAGACUCUGGAUGGCGGGAAUACAGGCGGUGUUCCCUCUCUGCAGGAUGGCAAGAUUGAUCAGCAAGCUGUUGGUAAUCAGCUCAAUUACAACAACAAUGAUCUCGUGGGGACAAGUGGGCUGCAAAGGGAGCUCAGUGGUGGUCUGGAUGACAUUGUUGUUGACAUGUUCAGGCCGGAUAAUGAUAAUGGUGGCAUUUUCAUCGAUACGGACUGGGGGCUGGUCUAGCCAGUCGUCUCCUUUCACCAAGUCCCAUGCGCAAGAUUUUCCGCAUUUGUGUGGUGUCUGCUGCUGAUUUGUCCAUCAUGCAAUUGCCUGCUCAAAGUUGUUCAUAGUAGCAAGCCUUCAUCACAAAUGCCUUUUGCAUUUGGUUUUCUCAGUUUAGCGUUCAUGUUCCCGUGUUAGUCGUCCAGUAUUCAGAGUUAUAUUGGGUAACAACUAUGUGCUGUUUGUGUCCGUGACUCGUAUAACUAUCUUAAUUCAGGUAUGCCCUGUUAUCGUAAGAUAUAGUAUGCUUGGUAUGCAAGUGAAUUCUUCGUGUUA